AUGCUCUAUGCAGGUUCAUGGCAACUUGGCUGGGUACUCUGCGACGUCUGGAUCUUCUUCGACAUAUUGCUGUGCACGGCAUCCAUUCUCAGUUUGUGUGCCAUAAGCCUGGACAGGUAUCUCGCCGUCACACAACCAUUGACAUAUUCGAAAAAAUGGCGCUGCAAGCGUUUGGCAUUGUUAAUGAUUCUCGUAGUUUGGAUCCUAGCAUUUGUAAUUACUUGUCCCCCAAUGCUUGGCUGGUACGAGCCGGGUAGAAAACGGCUUGAAAAGGAGUUUGUGGAAUGCCGCUAUAAUCAGAACAAGGGAUACGUCGUUUACUCAGCGAUGGGCUCCUUUUUUAUACCUCUCACUGUCAUGCUGUAUGUUUACGUUAAGAUUGGCUUUGUUCUGACAUCACGAAGGCAACGAAUUGUGCACGAUGCGAAUACGGAACGCACCGCAGAUCAUGAGGUGGAUGCUGAUCAUUUUAUAUCUGAAUCGGAGCUUUAUCGUUGCAAUCCACACAAAUGUCUGCCGAGCUGCGAGGCCCGUUGUAGCGUCGUAGGAUCUCCAGUUAACCCCAUCUUUGGCUCCAACAACGUCAAAUGCACCAAAUGCCAGGAGGCGAAAAUGGCUGACAAAAGAAAAAAGUUUAAGCAUCAGCCGACCUUCUAUGAGCUGAUAGAGAUUUCGCGCAUGUCUUCACUGAUGCACUGUUCCGUGGACAACUGCCGAUAUCAUGCGAAAUGCGGUUCGACCUUGUCCAUGCCGUCUUUGUACUACAAGGAGAGCCAGUGCAUGGCUGACACCUCUAUGGAAAUGCCAAAUAAUAAUCAAAUAGGGGCCAAACGGGCGUCCACAACGUCGCAUCAUACGCAGCGGCAAUUGUCAAGUCAUCGCAUUCCAAUGCGAGUGUCAACCAAAAUUAAAACUAGCAAAACGACCAAAACACUGACCAUUGUCAUGGGAGGCCUAAUCGCUUGUUGGACACCGUUCUUUACUUAUUACAUACUUGUGCCCUUCUUGCCUCAGCUGAAAAAGCUCGAAAGUCUCAUGUCGUUUCUGACAUGGGUUGGCUGGGUAAAUUGUGCCAUUAACCCGUUCAUUUAUGCCUUUAAUCCGGAUUUCCGAGCUGCCUUUUGGCGCCUGACCUGUCGGAGAAUCUGUAAACAGAAACUGGCCCGCAACCACAUAAAUAUGUUUCGCGCUUAAGCCCUUAAGCCCCAAGUGAAACAAGUGCAUUUGGGUGUAUAAUAAUUGAUUAGGAAGUCCACAAUUUUUAUUUUAGUUUAAACAGAUGUAAGAGCACGUAUAAAAUAAAUAGAUUUAUUUAAAGCCUUUAUUUAUGUUCUUAUUAUUACCAUAACAACGAAGUUACAAUCUAAAAUGGAUUAUAAUGAUUGAUAAUCAGCACUGGACCUGCCUGUCCUGUACCAAAGAAGAGGAAAUAAAAAACUAUAAUGUAGUUGGGCAAGCCGAAAGAAUCUCAAUAGCUAAAUCGAUUCUCCUUGUCUAUUAUUUGCUAUUUAGUUAUAGUGCAUGUUUAAUAAUUCUACAUAAAUAUUAAUUUUACUCUUCUCAAACUGACUGUUUUCUUUAAUAUCUAAUUCUUGAUUAAAUCUUGCGAAAUAUACGAUUCUCAGAAAUUAAAUUUGGCAUUUACAGUUAUCUUCAUAAUACACAGAAGAGGAAUUCCCAUACCCUAUCCGAACCAUAAUCUUAGUUAUGCUUAAAUGGCUUAUAAACUAUUUGAAUAACUUAAAGCCAUAACUAAAAUUGAGGUCAUCAUAAUUACGUAACCCCACAUGUAUGUACGUUAAUAACAUAUGUUUCUUACCAUGGAUACAUUGUACUAGGACGCCAGAAGAGGAGGUCUCCAAUUAAUUAAAACACACUUGCUUCUGUAGCUAUUUGAGUGGCUGGUGGUCAUAUUUCUUGCACUGACAUCAUUUCAGCUGUGGUGCGUAUACUACGAGGUAUUAGCUUUUAGUUUUAUUUAGAAAUAUAUUCGAAUUGUAAUCUUGUAAUAAAUAUAUAAGAAACAACAUUUUCUCGGGCGAGCUGAGGGAAAAGAAUUUCCGAACUUUUCCGAACUGGAUCUCAUUCAAUGAAGAAGAGACAUUUUACGAAAAUUUUAGUGAAUUGUAGUUAAAGUUUCAGCUAUGAUGUCAUAUCAUACAUUUUUAUAUAUAUCGCGAGGAACGUUGUAAAAUAUAUCAAUAUCCUUACAGUUGAAAGCUACUUGCUUUGCCUGUGUUUUGGUAAAACAUUUACGACACCAAUGGAAAUCGAUCCUAGGUAUUGCACUACAGCUAAGGUUGUAAAUGUUGUUAAGGUUCAAUUAAGGCUAAAUCACAAUUAAAAAUUUAAUACAUAUGUACAUAUAUAUUCUCGAUCAUAGUGGAUAGAACAAUACUACGAUGCUUCUAUUGGAAGUGGUUCUUUUUCUUUUACUGCAACGUCUUAUUAAGAGGAUAAGAUGCAAAAACUGUGUAGGUACUGGAUUUCUACUUAUAUAUG